AGUAUUUGAGGCAUUAAGCAGGAAGCCACAACGUCAUGUAUGAAGUGGCAGCCGUUCAAUUUCAAUUAUAAAACAAUAUCCCUUCUCCUUGCAGGUUCUCCAAUUCAUUUCGUUGACUCUGUACAAACAAUUCAUCCCAAAGUUGAAGAGAAAGCAAGAAGAGUGAGGAAUUGAAUCAACCAGGAAAACCAUUCUCAAGUUACUAGACGACAGUAUGGGUGCAGUUGCAGCCAUAGUAAUCUUUCUUUCAAGCUCUCUGUGCCUGUACCUCCUCAUAGCUCUCUUCAAUGGUCUUCACAAACUGUGGUGGAUUCCAAAUCGCAUACAGACCCAGAUGGGUUUACAGGGAAUCAGAGGUCCUUCCUACAGAUUCAUCCAUGGAAGCACUAAGGAAGUUCUCAGAAUGAAAAAGGAGGCUAUGAACAGGCCCAUGAUCAAUUUCUCCCAUGAUAUAGUAUCCAGAGUUCAGCCUCAUAUUCACUCAUGGAUCAACAUUUACGGGAAGAAUUAUCUUCAAUGGUAUGGCUGUAAAGCUCAAUUGGUCAUAACAGAACCGGAGCUUAUCAAAGAGAUACUGAACAAUAGAGACGGAACCUAUCAGAAGGUGAAGACUGAAGGCUAUAUAAAGAAGCUCUUAGGAGAUGGGCUCGUCACUUCUGAAGGUGAAAAGUGGGCAAAGAUGCGUAAAUUGGCCAAUUAUGCCUUCCAUGCCGAGAGGCUCAAAAGUAUGAUUCCAGCAAUGAUCAGCAGUGUCGAGGUGAUGCUUGAAAGGUGGAAACGUCAUGAAGGCAAAGAGAUUGAUGUUUUUGAAGAAUUCACUCAAACGACAUCAGAAGUGAUUUCCAGGACAGCUUUUGGUAGCAGUUACUUAGAUGGGAAGAAAGUCUUUCAGAUUUUGGUCAGAAUGACCUUGCUAUCAUCCAGGAAUCUUUAUAAACUCAGGUUUCCUGGCAUCAGUAAAGUUUAUAAAACCGAUGAUGAAAUCGAAUCAGAAAAGCUUGAAAAGGAUUUACGCAACUCUAUAUUAGAGAUAGUCAAGGAAAGAGAAGAGAAGGUAAUGACCAAGAAGAUAGCCAGCUUUGGGGAUGAUUUUCUUGGAUUGCUUGUAAAGGCUCAUCACGAUGCCGAGGCUAACAAAAGAAUUUCAGUUGAAGAUCUGGUGGAUGAGUGCAAGACCUUUUACUUUGCUGGACAAGAAACCACAAACGGGUUGCUUUCGUGGACUGUCUUUCUUCUAGCAAUCCACACAGAAUGGCAAGAAGAAGUAAGAAAGGAGGUGCUCGAAAUAUUUGGCCACCAAAAUCCAAACCCAGAUGGCAUCACGAAGCUCAAGACCAUGAGCAUGGUCAUCCACGAGUCUCUACGAUUAUAUCCUCCUAUACUUUCAAUGACAAGAAAAGUUGAAAGUAAAGUUAGACUGGGAUUAAAUCUCACACUUCCAGCUGAUCUGAUCUUGUUCAUCCCAGCUAUAGAAGUUCACCAUAACCCUCAAAUAUGGGGAGAAGACGUGCAUCUUUUCAAACCAGAGAGGUUCUCAGAAGGAGUUGCCAAAGCCACUAACAACAAUACAGCCGCUUAUAUGCCCUUUGGCAUGGGAUCUCGAAAUUGUGUUGGCUUUAACUUUGCCACCACAGAAGCAAAGAUUGCUCUUUCAAUGAUUCUGCAACGCUAUGCUUUCACCCUAUCGCCGGCCUAUGUCCACUCACCUGUUCAGCAUCUUACCCUUCGCCCACAACAUGGAGUUCAGGUAAUGCUGCACUCCUUGUGAAGACCAGAAACUGGCAGGGAAAAAAUAAAUGGACAGAACAGACACCAACGCCUUGGAAUGUGGUACCUGUUUUUCUCCUAUGUGUUAUUAUAAUAUGAUAGUUUGGAAGAGUAUUUGGUGAACAAUAUCUCAUAUGUCCUAUAUCCCAAUAUACAUACACUUUCAAAUUGGUCA